AUGUCCAUCCUCCCUGCUCUUCUCUGCCUCGGGCUGAGUCUGGGCCAGGAAACCCACGAGCAGAAUGGGACCCUCCCCAGACCCACCAUCUGGGCUGAGCCAGGGCCGGUGGUCCCUUCAGACAGCUCUGUCACCAUCUGGUGUCAGGGGUCCCUGGAGGCUCAGGAGUACUGUCUGUGGAACAAAGAUGUGGAUAAAUUCUCGAACAGACAGAAACCAGUGGCGACAAUGGACAAGGCCAACUUCUCCAUGAGAGACCCCUCUGCAGGGAGAUAUUAUUGUAAAUACCGCAGCCCCACUGGCUGGUCAGAGCUCAGUGACUCCUUGGAGCUGGUGCUGACAGGAUUCUAUGGCAAACCCAGCCUCUCAGCCCUACCCAGCCAUGUCGUGACCUCAGGAGGAUACGUGACCCUCCAGUGUGCCUCACUGGAAGGAGUGGACAGGUUUACUCUGAUUAAGGAAGGGGAAAGCGGGCCCUCCUGGACCCUGGACUCACAGCCUCACCCCAGUGGGCAGUCCCAGGUCCUGUUCCUUGUGGGCCCCGUGACCCCCAGCCACAGGUGGAUGUUCAGAUGCUAUGGAUAUUUUAGGAAGCACCCCGUGGAGUGGUCUCACCCCAGUGACCGCCUGGAGCUCCUGGUCUCAGGACCUUCUGGAGGCCUCAGCCCCUCUACCACAGCAUCUGUCUCCACAGCGGUUGAGUCCCUGAGAACCGUGCUCAGAGGGAGCACAGAGCAGCCCAGGGAAGUUCUGAGGGUCCAUUCUGGGGGAAGCUCAGAGGAUCAAGGAGGCUCCAGCAGAGAUUCCGAAGAGCAGAGCAGUCACCCAGGUUUCCUCACUGGGGUCUCGGUGGCCCUCAUCCUGCUGCUCUCCCUUCUCUUCUUCCUCUUCCUCCGACACUGGCAUCGGAGCAAAGACAGGACGUCAGAUGCUGUUGUGAUGGGCCCACAGCCAGGGGAGGGCAUGGAACUGGACCCUCAGCAGAAUAGGCCCCAUGAUGACCCCCAAGGAUUGAUCUAUGCCCAGCUGACCCACUCAAGCUUGAGGCUCAGGCAGGGAAUGGCCUCCUCUCCUUCUUCAUCAUGGAGAUUGUGGGACAAGAAGGGCCGACAAGCAGAAAGAGACUGACAGACUGACAGCCAGGUUGCUGCACCUGCUGCCCCCCAGGAGGUGACCUAUGCCCAGCUGACCAACCUGACCUUCAGACGGGAUACGAGUCCACCCCCUUCCUCCCCAUCAGAGAAGCCCCCAGCUGAGCCCAGUGUGUAUGCUGCUCUGGCCGUCCACUAG